AUGCCACCGUACAUUGUGUGCAUAUUUGGAUUUCUAGAGUUGUGGCUGGUAAGAGGCGAGCUGUCGGUAGCGAUUGUAUUCGCCAUCAUGUCCUUCGCACCGCAGAUGUUUGUUGAUGCGACGUUCUACAGAGAAGUCAAGUUCUCUCAUCCUUACGUGACGGGUCUGUCAAUCCUCGGAGGCAUGUAUUGGCUUGGAUUACAAGGCGCAAUAAUCGGACCAAUUAUACUUUGCUCGUUCCUCGUUCUUAUUCAUGUCUACAUGCAUUUUGCAAAGCCAGAACGGGAGAAGAUAAAGACGGUUUGA